AUGGAAGAGCGGAAGAAAGAGGAGAGACCAGCAAUAAAAUGGGAAGUAUACAGACAGGAGGGAAUGGAAGACCGGAAGAAAGAGGAGAGACCAGCAAUAAAAUGGCAAGAAUACAGACAGGAAGGACUGGGAGACCGGAAAAAAGAGGAGAGACCAGCAACAAAAUGGGAAGAAUACAGACAGGAAGGAAUGGAAGAGCGGAAGAAAGAUGAGAGACCAGCAAUAAAAUGGGAAGAAUACGGACAGGAAGCAGUGGAAGACCAGAAGACAGAGAAGAGACCAGCAAUAAAAUGGGAAGAACACAGACAGGAAGGAAUGGAAGAGCGGAAGAAAGAGGAGAGACCAGGAAUAAAAAGGGAAGAAUACAGACAGGAAGGACUGGAAGACCGGAAAAAAGAGGAGAGUCCAUCAAUAAAUUGGGAAGAAUACAGACAGGAAGGAUUGGAAGACCGGAAAAAAAGGAGAGACGAGCAACAAAAUGGGAAGAAUACAGAUAGGAAGGAGUGGAAGAGCGGAAGAAAGAUGAGAGACCAGCAAUAA